CUGAAACUUACCCUGUCCCACUGCCCGGAGGGAGCCAUGGCUGCAGAGAGCCCCGUGGAACGUCUCCAGGAGGAAGCGACAUGUCCCCUCUGUCUGGAGUAUUUUAAGGACGCAGUGAUUACAAACUGUGGGCACAAUUUCUGCCGCGCCUGCAUCGCCCAGUGCUGGGAGGGACCCGACACAGCCGCCUCCUGCCCUCAGUGCAGAGAAACUGUGCAACAGAGAAACCUCAGGCCCAACAGGCAGCUGGCAAAUGUCGUAGAAAUCGCCAAUCAGCUGAGUUUCCAGGCAGCGAAGGGAGCAGGAGGAGGCGGGGUGUGUGGGGAACACCAGGAGGCUCUGAAACUGUUCUGUGAAGAGGAUCAAACCCCCAUCUGUGUGAUCUGCAGAGAGUCCCGGGCUCACCGCGCUCACAGGGUGGUUCCCAUACAGGAAGCUGCCCAGGAGUACAAGGAAAAAAUACAAGCCCAUUUGAAGACUCUGAGGGAAGAGAGAGAAAAGCUGCUGGGAUUGAAAGUGGCUGGAGAGGAGAGAAGCCGGGAGUAUCUGGUCGGUGCCUGUUCUUCGCCUGCUGGGACAUGGAGCUGGGAGGGAUGUUUAUUGAAACAGACAGAAACUGAGAGGCAGAAGAUUGUGUCGGAAUUUCAGCAACUGCGGCAGUUCCUGGAGGAACAAGAGCGACUCCUGCUGGCCCAGCUGGAAAAGCUGGACAAGGAGAUUAUGAAGAUACAGAAUGAAAAUAUCACCAAACUCUCAGAGGGGAUUUCCCAUCUCAGUGAGCUGAUCAGUGAGAUGGAGGGGAAGUGUCAGAAGCCAGCAAGUGGAUUCCUGCAGGACGUCAGAAGCACCUUGAGUAGGUGUGAGAAGGGGAAGUUCGAGCAGCCAGAGGAGAUUUCUCCUGAACUGGAAGAGCAAGUCAGCGAUUUCUCCCAGAAAACUAUUGUGCUAAUGGAGACUCUGAGGAAGUUCAAAGACACUCUGCCGUCUACACUGGAAUCCCUAGGAGCACACAGACAGGCGAAUGUGACUCUGGAUCCAGACACGGCUCAUCCCCACCUCGUCCUGUCUGAGGGUGGGAAAAGUGUGAGAUGGGGAGACACGCGGCAGCGACUGCCCGAAAACCCUGAGAGAUUUAAUACUGUGUUCUGUGUGCUGGGCUGUGAGGGAUUCACCGCGGGGAGACAUUGCUGGGAGGUGGAGGUGGGGGGUGAGGGAUACUGGGCUGUGGGGGUGGCCAGAGAGUCUGUGGGGAGGAAGGGAGGGAUCAGCCGUAGCCCUGAGGGGGGGAUCUGGGCUGUGCAGUGGUUGGGGGAUCAGUUCCAGGCUCUCACCUCCCCUGUGACCCCCCUGCCCCGGCGCCGGGCCCCCAGCAGGAUCCGGGUUUGUCUGGACUGUGGCCGGGGGCAGGUGACAUUUAUCGAUGCUGGUGACGAGGCCCCGAUCUUCACUUUCCCGCCGGGCUCCGUCCCUGGGGAGAGAAUCCGCCCCUGGCUCGGGGUGGGGGGGGGAUCCCGGCUCCGCCUGUGUUGUGAACUCAGGAAACUGAAACUUACCCUGUCCCACUGCCCGGAGGGAGCCAUGGCUGCAGAGAGCCCCGUGGAAAGUCUCCAGGAGGAAGCGACAUGUCCCGUCUGUCUGGACUAUUUCACAGACCCUGUCACUCUGGAGUGUGGGCACAAUUUCUGCAGAGCCUGCAUCGCCCAGUGCUGGGAGGGACUCGACACAGCCGCCUCCUGCCCUCAGUGCAGAGAAACUGUGCAACAGAGAAACCUCAGGCCCAACAGGCAGUUGGCAAAUGUCGUAGAAAUCGCCAAACAGCUGAGUUUCCAGGCAGCGAAGGGAGCAGGAGGGGGUGGGGUGUGUGGGGAACACCAGGAGGCUCUGAAACUGUUCUGUGAAGAGGAUCAAACCCCCAUCUGUGUGGUGUGCGACAGAUCCCGGGCUCACCGCGCUCACACGGUGGUUCCCAUACAGGAAGCUGCCCAGGAGUACAAGGAAAAAAUACAAGCCCAUUUGAAGACUCUGAGGGAAGAGAGAGAAAAGCUGCUGGGAUUGAAAGUGGCUGGAGAGGAGAGAAGCCGGGAGUAUCUGAAACAGUCAGAAACCGAGAGGCAGAAGAUUGUGUCUGAAUUUCAGCAGCUGCGUCAGUUCCUGGAGGAACAAGAGCGACUCCUGCUGGCCCAGCUGGAAAAGCUGGACAAGGAGAUUGUGAAGAUACAGAAUGAAAAUAUCACCAAACUCUCAGAGGGGAUUUCCCAUCUCAGUGAGCUGAUCAGUGAGAUGGAGGGGAAGUGUCAGAAGCCAGCAAGUGAAUUCCUGCAGGAUGUCAGAAGCACCUUGAGUAGGUGUGAGAAGGGGAAGUUCCAGCAGCCAGAGGAGAUUUCUCCUGAACUGGAAGAGCAAGUCAGCGAUUUCUCCCAGAAAACUAUUGUGCUAAUGAAGACUCUGAGGAAGUUCAAAGACACUCUGCCGUCUGCACUGGAGACACAAAUUGGGGAAUCCCUAGGAGCACACAGACAGGCGAACGUGACUCUGGAUCCAGACACGGCUCAUCUCGACCUCGUCCUGUCUGAGGGUGGGAAAAGUGUGAGAUGUGGAGACACGCAGCAGCGACUGCUCGACACCCCUGAGAGAUUUGACACUGAGCCCUGUGUGCUGGGCUGUGAGGGAUUCACCGCGGGGAGACAUUGCUGGGAAGUGGAGGUGCGGGGUGGGCGAUACUGGGCUGUGGGGGUGGCCAGAGAGUCUGUGGGGAGGAAGGGAGGGAUCAGCCGUAGCCCUAAGGGGGGGAUCUGGGCUCUGCAGAGGUGCGGGGAUCAGUUCUGGGCUCUCACCUCCCCUGUGACCCCCCUGCCCCGGCGCCGGGCCCCCAGCAGGAUCCGGGUUUGUCUGGACUGUGACCGGGGGCAGGUGACAUUUAUCGAUGCUGGUGACGAGGCCCCGAUCUUCACUUUCCCGCCGGGCUCCGUCCCUGGGGAGAGAAUCCGCCCCUGGCUCGGGGUGUCGCCGGGAUCCCGGCUCAGACUGUGUCCCUGAGACCCACAGCGGAGGGGGGAACUUGAAAUCAGCCUGUCUAGCCUCACACACCCCAGACUCUAUGAGCUUGGAGGACUCCCAUCGACCCAGCCCCUGGCUCCUCAUCUAUAUGACCCCUGGAAGCUCCUCCCCCUCCCUCCCUGCAGCCCCAGGUGUGGGAAGGGGUGGGGGAGGGGGAAGCCCCCUGGGGCUGCAGGAGGGGCAGAGGGGCCCUGAGGGGCAGAGGCGGGGGCUGGGCAGGGGGCAGAACUAACAGCAGGGCUGGGGACAGGCAGAGGUGGGUGGGGGCUGGGCAGGGACCCAGCAUGAAUCAAUCAGGGGCUGGGGGGCUGGGGAGAAGCAGCAGCAGGGAGCGGUUUGUGCAGAUCUGUGGGAUUGGAUCUCAUGGGGUCUCCCAGCCAGAGCUCCUGCCGCAGGGGCCCAAGUCAGUUCAGGACAACUGAUUGCACUGUCAUGGUCCCACACACAUGGCAAGGGGUGAGGGUGGGGGGUGGAAUGGGUAAGGGGUGCAGAUUGAUGGAAAAACCAUGAUAUAACCUUGAAAAAAUCAUCAGUCAGUAUCAUGAUUUUUUUGAACUCCUGAGGUUGGCAGCACUGGGGGAGGCAGGGACAGGGCGGGUUUAACCAGAGGGAAUUAGAAGAAGCACGAAGGAAAAUUUAAAUGAAAAUAAAAGAAGAAGAAAGGGAGAGUCCAGGAGAAAUGGUGGAAAAUAUAAAUCAGAAGAGUGACAGGAAACUAUCCUGACAGGGGAACCAGCCUCAGGGCAGCAAGAGGGGAAGGGAUAAAAUUGCGGGUGCGGGGAGGAAUGGAGCAGCCAUGGGGGCUGAUCUGUAACAGGGAGGGGAGGAGAGUGGGAGAAACACAGGAAAAUAAACAGGGAUCAGAAGGGAGGGUUAGAAAAAUGAACAGAAAAGGAGAGUAUGAAAGGAAAGGGAAGAGUGAGAUUUAUGACACGUGACUGGAAGUGAGACUGUAAGUCAUUAAUUCCCUAUAUUGAUUCCUGGCCAUUGUUGCUAUUUUAGUGCCAUUAAGAAAACUGUUCUCAGUAGCUGGGGAUCUCCUUGCCAUGCUGUGGUUAUUAAGGCUCCUUCUCAGCUCCCUUUACUUACCACCUUUAGUAAUUACUGUAAAUAAAACAUUACAAA